AUGGUUGCUGAACCUCUCUUUCAUUGUCAUUACAAUUACUAUAAUUCAUUUCUUCUUUAAAUUAAACUCGCCUGCUUCUGCACCUCUCUAUUCUUCUCUCUCUCUAUCUCCUUAAGGAAAACUUGUUGAAGUUUUUCUUGAGAAACUGUUUGUUAGCUUUUCUGAUUGAAAGCUUAAUUGGUAAAAGAUAAUGGCUCGUCCGAAUGUCCCAAAGUUUGGCAAUUGGGAAAAUGACUCCAACACGCCCUAUACUGUGUAUUUUGAAAAAGCAAGGCAAACUCGCGGUACUGGAAAGAUCAUAAACCCCAAUGAUCCCGAAGAGAAUCCAGAUAUGUUUCCCAAUCAUGCUCCUUCUGCUCCCCCGCCUGCAGCUCCCCUUCAUCCCAAGCCUAAAAGACAAACAGAGGAGCCAAUUGGGCGCGGGGGAACAGCUAGGCAAAGACGGGAACAUAGACCGAGUCAAGAAGACGAGGAUUAUCGGCUGUUUGCUAAUGCUCCACCCCGUAACGAGAACAUGGGACGGAGAGGUGCCAAUGAGCCAUCUCCUCAACGAGGUCGUGGAUCAAGUUCUGGUCGAACUGGCAGACAAAGUGUGGGAUCUGAACACAGCUUUGAUAAAUCACCACUGCAUCCACGUUACCAGGCACAGGUUAAUGUCGGAAGAGGUGUCCCGUCUCCUGCUCGGGAAGGAAAGAAUAAUUCAUAUGAUAGUAACCAUGGUACUCCUGGAAGAUCAUUUGAAAGUUCUCAUGCUACUCCAGGGAGGUCCAAAAAUAAACAAGAGACGCCUGAUAGAGGAGCUGCAGUUCCAAGAUUUGGGGAGUGGGACGAGAACGAUCCUCAAUCUGCUGAUAACUACACCCACAUUUUCAACAAGGUGCGAGAGGAAAAGCAAGGAACUCCAUCAGGGACACCUAGUAGAACACCUAACAACCCACAAAGCCAUAACUCAAAUAAAAAGAGAAUGAAGUGCUGUUUUCCCUGGUAAUGCAAUGGAGGACCUUGAUUUUAUCCUGAAGAUGUGAAGCUGCAACGGAUAUGUAAAUGGCUCAAUAAAUUAUAUUGCUUGUGCAAUAUAUUAAUUCAUCUGCUUUACGUGCGAUUGUAUUGUCAGCUUAUAGUCUUUUAUAUUGUACUUCUAUUGUAGUUGUAUGUUACGGACAGUGCUUGCAGAUUCUUUUAUGCACAAGGUGUGCUUUCUCUAUUUUGUGUAUGUGAAGUCUAGUACUACUGUUUGGUCUU